UCGAGCUCAACUAUACUCUGUGUCCGUCGCAAGUGUACGCGGAUUGACGAGCCGCGUAGUCGGCUAUCGGAGGGAAGACUUUGUUAAGCGGCAGCCACUUCGACGGACACCGUGCUCAAUACUGAAAUGUGUACUGACAAUAAUCCUCAUGCUGAACCCGUUUGGACCAUCGAAGAUCAGCAGAAGGUAACGAAAGAGGCUGUUGACUAUAAUCAAGCCAUAGCCGCAAUAGGUUACGGCCCGUACAAUGUUUUACUAUUAUUAGCUGCCUUACCUAUUGCAUGGACAUGUCUAGUAGACACCACGAGUACGGCUUUUAUCAUAAACUCGUCGGAGUGCGAGUUCGAGCUGACGAUGUUGCGACGAGGCAUUGCGUGUUCUGCAAUAUACAUAGGCAUGUCAAUAGCAGGCCCACUGUGGGACUUCUUUCUACAAGACUGGAUACUCGCUUGCCUCGGAAGAAAAAACGUCAUCGUUAUCGGCAUAUUACUUGACGCUGUGUGCAACGUUCUUUGGGCCAAUGCUACCUCGUUCUAUACCUUCGUAGCGCUGAAAUUUGUUAGCGGUUUGCUAAUCGCUGGCCCAUUGUCAAUUAUCAUGGCAUAUCUGGCCGAGUUCCAUGCACCAUUGUAUCAAGUUAAUUUUACCAGGUGGGCUGGUCUGCUUGUUAUGGUAGCUAACGUAUUUGCCGCAGGCACGGCUGCUACAUUGUUACGUCAAGCGGACUGGCUUAAGUUUACGAUACAUAAUCACUUUUUCCCAACAUGGCGGAUCUACUUGCUCGUUUGUGGAAUCCCAUCAUUGUUGGGAUUGUUCACGGCAUGCUUGUUACCGAAAAGUCCAAAGUUCCUCAUUGCACAAGGACGAAAUGACGAAGCCUUGAAGCUAUUUCAAACGAUGUACAGCUGGAAUCAUUUCAAAUCGUCUUCCGAUUAUCCGGUGAAAGAGUUGAUCGUACAAAGUAAAGUAAGUAAACAAGCGAAAACAGCGUGUAAAGAUCAAUUUCAAGUCAGUAUUAAACAAAUAAAAGCAUUGUUCUCGAGGUCGAAUAUUAAGAAUACUGUAACGUUAAUGUUCCUCCAAUUUUCGGGAAUGAUUGCAUUCAACGUGAUGAGACUGUGGGUUCCCCCGUUAUGGGUCACGCUGAAUAAUUUUCGAGUUUACACUCGCGCAUUAUAUCCAACCGGCGAGCUCAUAACGAUGUGUGAAAUGCUUUUUCCUCGUAUCAAAAAUAUAGAUUAUUCAGCUUGCAAUUACACUCUGCCUCAUGUUGAAUCAGCUGUUUACGUCAAUUCCACAUCGAUAGUUUUGUCUUGCGCUGGAUUUGGAUUUUUAUUUGCUUUCAUUACUACUACGAAAGCCAGACAAAUAGUUGUUAUAAUUUUCACACUUUUUUCGUGUACGGUUGGAUCCGUCGGUGCCAAUUGGUCGAUAGACAUCCCGUACAUGCUUGUGGCAGUAGCAUUUGUCAUCGUGGCAUCCCGAAUAACACUCAAUACUGUGACUACGUAUAGUUCUCAAUUCACACCGCAGCCACUGAGGCCGACAGCUUUGGGUGUGCUGAACUUUACGGGUAAUUUGGGCGCCGCCGUUGGCAAUGUCUUGUUUGCUGUGAUAAUCUCGAUCGAUUGUUUAAGUGCCUUUUUGUCUAUAGGAUGUAUAGCUCUGAUCUCGACGUUUAUGCCGCUUAUCUUAAUUAAAGCUCCGUCUAAAACGCCGUGCAAGCCAGAUCUAGAAAAAUAUUGACCAAAUAUCACGAGUUGUUGCGGACCAUUCCAGUACAAAAGUGAUCUGCGAUCAUAGUGAUUCGUAUUAAUUUUGAGAUAUAUUGGAACCAAUUGUGUGGAUCGUUUGAGCUCGCAACGGACGAGCAGAGAUACAAAAUGGAGUUAACAGUGUGCAGCGCAAGAAACAAUCAAUGAAUAGUAAUAAGCUGAAUAAAAGAGAAUGGACAGACUUAUAAACUACUUCGAGGUUAUGCAAUUGUGAAAUUUUUUCUCAAACGCGUUCCAAAUAGUUACUAUGUUAUGAUUCACAUCGUAUAUUGUACAAUAUACGAUGCUAUAAUAAAAUUUUUAUACAAAUAGUUUUAGCAUUUAAUAUUUUUUUUU